AUGGCACCCGUCGGAGGUUCUGGACAUGACUUCGAGGCAGCCGCUUUGGCUCGCCGUCAAGCUUUGGCCACGCCACCAGGCCCGCUGGCCUUGAUGAAGAACUUGAAGGUGUUCGGCAUUGCAUGCUUUGCUUGCUUGGGUGGUUUGCUGUACGGUUACAACCAGGGUGUUUUCUCCGGUGUCCUGACAAUGACCUCGUUCAAAGAACACAUGGGAGACUACAUAGAAGAUCCCGUAACACUUACGUACAACUCUUCGAAGCAAGGAUGGCUCGUCUCUAUUCUCGAAUUGGGUGCUUGGCUAGGAACAAUGUACUCCGGUUUCCUCGCUGAGAUCUUGUCCCGAAAAUACGCAAUCUUGGUCAACGUAGCCGUAUUCAUCCUCGGUGUCAUCAUCCAGACAACGUCCGUUUCCGCCGGUCACAAUUCCAUUCUCGCUGGUCGGUUCAUCACCGGUAUGGGCGUCGGAUCGCUUUCUAUGAUCGUCCCUAUGUACAAUGCCGAGAUUGCUCCUCCUGAAGUACGCGGUGCCCUCGUCGGUCUCCAGCAGCUCUCCAUCACCCUCGGCAUCAUGAUAUCCUUCUGGAUCGACUACGGCACGAACUUCAUCGGCGGCACUGGCCGCGGCCAGAAAGAAGCUGCCUGGCUUCUUCCUCUCUGCCUACAGCUCGUUCCCGCGCUUCUUCUUGGAGUCGGUAUGAUUUUCAUGCCAUUCUCUCCUCGUUGGCUUGUUCACCACGAUCGCGAACCCGAGGCUCGGCGCGUGCUUGCUCGCCUGCGAGAGCUCCCCGAAGACAAUGACCUCAUUGAGCUGGAAUUCGCCGAGAUCAAGGCGCAGAGUUUAUUCGAGAAGAAGUCGCUACAGGAGAACUUCCCGCAUCUGCAACAAUUGACCGCAUGGAACACGGCUAAGUUGCAAUUCGUGGCCAUUGGGAGUUUGUUCAAGAGCAAGCCGAUGUUCAAGAGAGUUAUUGUGGCGACAGUCACUAUGUUCUUCCAACAAUGGACCGGCAUCAACGCAGUGCUUUACUACGCACCCGUCAUUUUCGGCAAGCUCGGUCUUUCCAGCAACUCGGUGUCUCUCCUCGCAACUGGCGUUGUAGGCAUUGUCAUGUUCAUCGCCACCAUCCCCGCCGUCAUGUACGUUGACCGCUGGGGCCGCAAACCCACUCUCAUCAUCGGCGCAAUCGGCAUGGCAAUCUGCCACUUCAUCAUUGCCGCCAUCACCGCCUCCUUCCAAGACAACUGGUCCGCCCACCAAGCCGGCGGAUGGGCCGCCGUCGUAAUGGUCUGGCUCUUCGUCGUCCACUUCGGAUACUCCUGGGGUCCUUGCGCCUGGAUCGUUGUCGCGGAGAUCUGGCCGAUGUCCAACCGCCCAUACGGCAUUGCGCUGGGCGCGAGCUCCAACUGGAUGAACAACUUCAUCGUUGGCCAAGUCACGCCUGACAUGCUCCAGGGCAUGACAUACGGAACGUACAUUUUUUUCGGGAUGUUGACCUUCAUCGGAGCCCUGUUCGUCUAUUUCAUUGUGCCGGAGACGAAGGGCUUGAGUCUGGAAGAGAUGGAUAUCCUGUUCGGCUCGGUUGGCGUCGCAGAGAGAGAGAAGGAGAGGUGGAACGAGGUGCAUGCUGAGGUUGGAAUGACAGAACUGUUGGCCAGGCUUGGCGUUGCGCAGUCCCACCAUGGUGAACACCAUUUUGCCGAUGAAAAGCUCGCCGACGAGAAGCCGGUUGUGGCGGAGGCGGAGCAGAAGGAGACGCACGUUUAA